GCUGAUUGGCGGUCCCAGGCCUUGGCCUGCUGCCCAAGGCCAUAAGGGCAGAGAGAGGUCCCAGGACAAAUGUGCAGCAAGCCCCUGAGCAUGUGCGGAAAUGUUGUCAUCAGCUCCACCUAGAAAGACUUGGUGGAAAUCGAAAGCAGUAAAAGUCACAAGAUCCUAUCCAACUUUCUCUUCCCUGAAUGCCUGGGAAGAAUUCAGGGGCCUCUUGCCUGUGGAUGGAGAACCAACCCCCGGAGUGGGCCUGGGUGUGGAGGAGGGACUGCUCUGCCAGAUGGUUCACUCUCCAGAAUUCAACCUGUUUCCUGACUCCGUGGUGUUUGAAAGCAACUUUGUCCAGGUCAAAAAGGACAGGAACUGGAUCAACAUCUACAAAGCCUCCUACACCAUGGCCCUCGGGGUGACCUCCUCCGUGCCCUGCCUGCCCCUUCCCAACAUCCUCCUCAUGGCCCGCGUCAAAUGGCACCGGGGGCAGAGCCAGACGUGGAACAGACCGUCGCCAGCGCCAAACAUCAUCCUGAAGAGGAUUCUCCCAUUGAAGUUCGUGGAGCUCCAAGUCUGUGACCAGCUCCAACGCAUCCUGCGGUUGAGGACGGUCACAGAGAAGAUCUACUAUCUAAGACUCCACUCUGACCAUCCUGAGACUGUCUUCCACUUCUGGAUCCGACUAGUUCAGAUUCUGCAGAAGGGCCUGUCCAUCACCACCAAAGACCCUAGGAUUCUUAUCACUCACUGCCUGGUGCCCAAGAGCAGCUGCAGCGUCUCAGGAGACUCUAAGUUAGUACAGAAGAAACCUCAAGCCUCCCAGCCCAGCGAGAGCCUCCUGCAGCUGAUGGCCAAGGGGGAGACUGGGCGCGCUGGCGGGGACGUGGCGCUUUCCAGCCAAUCCCGGCUACUCGACUGUGGGGCCAAUGGCGACCCAAGGAAGCUCUGCGUCCGCUGCGCGGUUGUUGCUGAUUGGUCGGGAGGCCGCUGGCGAGGCGGCAGGGGCGGGGCGAGGGGCAGCUUCCGGUUAGGCGGUGCUGGCGCGCGCAAGCGGAGCCGGUGGGUGAGCGGCGGCUGCGGCACCCUGUCCUCCGGUGCUAGCAGGCAAGUUCGGGGAGGUGGGCCUGAGCCGGCUCGGACCCCGUGGUCCUGGGCGCGCAGCCGGGGCAGAGGCCGCCGCUCACCCCCGGCGCGCUCUGGGAAGGGGCUUUGCCGGCGAACCCCGGCUCUCGGCUUCACGUCCUGCGGGGCACUGUUUUGUGCCUGGCUGGCCACGUCCUCGUCCUCUGUCCCUGGGCCCCGCACUCACCGGGCCCUCGGGCUAGAGGGCCACUUGUUGAUCUCCUGA